GUUUAUGAUCUCUAUGACCAUCCACUGUCAGCUGGCGCUGGUAUUUCCGGGAUCGUAUUUCCGGUGUCGGCUUGUGCUGAUCUCAUCUCUGUGGAAACAUGGUCCUGCUGGAAAGCGAGCAGGUGAGGAACAUAGGCGGCAUUGAGCUACGUGUGGGAAUGGGAGACCAGGAGGAAUGGUCGGUAUGGUGUGGAAUGAGUCCCAUGGUACCCUGGCAGUGAUUGGCAGCCAGCACAUGGAUUGAGCAGGUGACUGCAGUGUUAGCCUGGGGGAUUGGGAGACUGCUUGUUAUGGUAACAGUCAUACUGGGAUACUAUUCACUGCUCACCCAUGGGACUUACAGCCCUAAUGUUACUGAUACCAGCAUGUAUUUCUGGACCUCUAUUACCUCUUACAUGCUGGUGGGCAUUGCAUGGAAAAUACAGCCCACAGGGUAUGGAAUAGGCAUCCCGCGGGGUAUGGAAUAGGCGCCCCGCGGGGUAUGGAAUAGGCGCCCCACACGGGUAUGGAAUAGGCAUCCCGCGGGGUAUGGAAUAGGCGCCCCGCGGGGUAUGGAAUAGGCGCCCCGCGGGGCAUGGAAUAGGCGCCCCGCGGGGCAUGGAAUAGGCGCCCCGCGGGGCAUGGAUUAGGCACUCUGCGGGUUAUAGAAUUGGCACCCCAAGGAGUAUGGAUUUGACACUGCGGAUUAUAGAAUUGGCACCCCAAGGGGUAUGGAUUUGACACUGCGGGUUAUAGAAUUGGCACCCCAAGGGGUAUGGAUUCGACACUGCGGGUUAUAGAAUUGGCACCCCAAGGGGUAUGGAUUCGACACUGCGGGUUAUAGAAUUGGCACCCCAAGGGGUAUGGAUUCGACACUGCGGGUUAUAGAAUUGGCACCCCAAGGGGUAUGGAUUCGACACUGCGGGUUAUAGAAUUGGCUCCCCAAGGAGUAUGGAUUCGACACUGCGGGUUAUAGAAUUGGCUCCCCAAGGGGUAUGGAUUUGACACUCUGCGGGUUAUAGAAUUGUGGUCCCACGGGGUUAUGGAUUUGGCACUCUGAGUGUUAGAGAAUUGAUGUCCCGCAGUGCCCUGCAUGAUAUGAAAUAAGUGCCCCGCAGCCUGUAGAAUUGACACACCACGUGCUAUGGAAGACCGUCUAUUUAGUAAGUCUAUGUAGUUAAAGGACACAAGUUUAAUUGAAAAUAAAUAAAAAGGGGUACUAAAAUAAUGUUGGCUUUUAGGAACACUUUAGUUUUAGGAAUACAAAGAUAUAUUCCUGGCACUAAAGUGACCAUCUGCCCCUGUGGCUUUUUCCUAGAGUCAAACUUAGUAAAACUGCAGGCAACACAUCUACUGGCUGUUUUGGCAGCCCCAGUCUGCCUAAUGGUAAAUCUGAGCAAAAGUUACGUCUGUCAUAAACACACACUGUGCGCUGAUAACAGAAAUACUGCGCUUGUACCUUUGCAGGGAGUGCCUGCAACGGGACGUUUAGAUCUUCCUCUGUGCACUUAAUACCUGCCUCCCAGCAUUUACUGUUCACUUUUUUUAUUUUUUUUUAUUUUUUAUUAUAAAUAUUUCUCUCCACUAUCCAACCACCACUCCUCGCAAAGGCUAAGAGCCUGCGCGUAUGCUCUGAUGGGUGAAAAUGGACCAAUAGUAUGCUUUUCUAUGAGAAGUAUUUGAUUGCAUCACAGAGGGGAAAGGAGUGAUGAUGGUGUGAAAUGAGUCCUAUUAAAAUCCUGGUAUCGGUUUCCAGGGGCAAUGAUUGACAUCCAGGACAUAUAUUGAGUUGGUGACUGCACUGUCUCGGGACAUCUUUGUAAGGGAGAAACUCCCAGGUCUCGCAGGUAUGUAUAAUCCGCGCUCAGUCCAAUAAAGUCUAGAUUUGGCCGUUAUAAUUAGGCUUUGGUUCCAGAGCUCUGCCGCGGUGCGUCUGGCUGGUGGCCAGGCACCGCCCCCCUCCAGUUUUCUUUUUUAAUUUUACAAAGCAUUAUUUUUAACAACAAAAAUAGAAAAUUUAAUUCUUAAAGGGUCACUAUAGUCACCAAGACAACUACAGCUUAAUGUAGUGGUUCCGUUGUCAAUAGCCUGUCUCUGCAGGCUUUUCAAUGUAAAUGCCGCCUUUACAGAGAAAAGGCAGUGUUAAUAUUACUGCCUUACAACACCUCUAGUGGCAGUCACUCAGACGGCCACUAAAGUGAUUCUUAUCUCGGUGCAGCACCUACAUUCAGGGUCUCCACGCUCUGCAUGGAUGCGCUGAACGUUCCCAAUAGAGAUGCAUUGAUUCAAUGAAUCUCGAUGAAGGGAUGCUGAUUGAUGAAACAAUUUGCAGCACUGGUGCAAUAGCUUCCCAAUUCUUUCCUAAGGGAAAGCAUUGGAUUGGCUGAGAUUAAUAAGCAUGGUGAUUUCAGACCUAGAGGCGGGCCAAGCUGCAGGGAGACUAGCACAGCCUGGCAAAAAAGUGAAGUAAAAACACCAUUCCUUUGUUGUCGAAGGUAGCUGGUCACCUAAACAUACCCGCUCUCUGACACAGAAGCUUUAAUUCCGUCUUAUUCCACCCAGCCUUCCUACCUUUGGGAGAGCUGGAGUCCAGUGGGUGGGAGGCUUGUUGAGAGUGGAGGAGGAUGGCCAGCUGUGUGUACUGUAGGCAGAUGGCGAGGAAGCUAUGAUCUCCAUGCUCUUCUACCUUCGAGCGCAUCUUAAUGCUGCUGGGGCUGGAGUGACCUCAUAUUCAGGCCCCAAUAAGCGCCGCACGAGUAAGUAAAGCAGGGAGCUCACAGCCUACAGUAUGCACUGCCGUCAACCCGCCUUGGAGGGCACCUUUCACAAAUCACAGGCGCCAUGCCACAAUUUCCCGCCACCAUGGCGACCUGUCAUCUAGCAAUUAGGGCUACAUAAAUGACUUGAAUAUGCUAAUGUUGUUUUGUUUCUAAAAAUUCCUGAACACUAUAAUCACUACAGCCUACUGUGUUGGUAUUAGGAGAGGCAUAAUCUGUCCAGCUAUGUUGGCACUGUUUGAUUAUAACUUGUAACUGGUGGUUGUGGUGCCGGGAAUGCCCUGAAGCCUUCCCAGAGUAAUUUGCCAAGCCAUUUUAUCAUGGCUUGGCAUCUUACCUGAAUAAGUAAUGCAGGAGAGUCAGAUUCACUGCCGGCUCUUUAGUUAAUGUGGCUGCCAUCGCGGGGUAUAUUGGAGGCGGCUGGCAGCACGGAGGCGGCCGCCCUGAAGGAUAUGGAGAGUCAGAGUGAGUGUGUGUGCGGCUGUUAGUGUGUGUGUUUGCAUUUAGGAACCUCCCCUCUCCGAUUGCAUGAGUAAGGUGAUUUUACUCUCCUUUUUUCCCACGCCGUGCCAGAUUGGCUGUGGCUGGUCCCACUUCCAUGGCUGGGAUUAGCAAUCUUUAUGAUCUCAGCUAAACCAAUGCAUUCCCUUAGGAAAGCAUUGGGAGGAUUUUGUGCAUGCGCAACAAAUGUACCAAUCCAUUAAAUUAAUACACCUCCAUGAGGAACAUUCGUCGCCUCCAUGCAGUGCUUGGAGAUCCUGAACGUGCGUGCUGCACGUGGUGCAGCAGUGACCCAGGACUCUAGUGGCCAUCUGAGUAACUGUCACUAGAGGUGUUACUAAGCAGCAAUGUAAACACUGCCUUUUUUCUGAAAAGUCUGCAGGGACAGGCUAUAGACACCAGAACAACUACAUCAAGCUGUAGUGGUUCUGGUAACUAUAGUGUCCCUUUAAUAAUUGGAUGAAAAUAAUAGGAGAAAGGCUGCGCACACAAGUAGAAAUAAAGUCCAAUGUAAAGGAAAGUCCCAAUGUUUUUAUCCUUACAGAUGGUCUUUGCUAGUGACGUCUUCUCUUAAUGUAGCCGUUCCACUUAUAUGAAAGAAAAAAGAGGAGAGAGAAGGGCGACCAAUAGUGUAGUAUAUAAAAUUCUGGUGUGAACAUAAAAUAAUAAUAAUAUAGAACUCACAUUUGCCAGAGCUAUUGUCCUAGCUCUGGGUUAUGGCGCAUACAGCGGUUUAAUCCCCGCUUGUAGGAUUUAAAUGGGUUCCUCUCUGUGGUAGGUGUCCAAUUCUCGGAAUAAAAGAAACAGCCGAUAGUGCUCACUGUAUAGCAAUAUGGAUAAAAUAAUAAAAGAAUGUACUUACAAAGCAGGAGCAGAUUUACUGCUCCGUGAUGACAGCUUGGGUGGAUUGAUCCCCACCUAGGAUUUCUUUAAGUACAGGAAACUUCCAGGGAUUCUCAAGGUUUUUUUUAAAACCAGUAAAAAAGGAUAAAAUAAUUAAAAAGGCCAGGAUAAUAAAAAAGAAAAUUAUGUGUCUAUAAAAAAGAUUAUUGGUACAAACAGAUAACCAAAAAUACUUUAAUAUAUAAAAGAACACAAUAAUUAAAUUUCCAUAACGCGUUUCGUCAAAGACUUUUUCAAAUGGAAUAACCAUGGUUAUACUCACAUUUGGUAGAGCUUAAGCCAGUUCUGGUGUGACUAGCGUAUAGCGGUACAAUCCCUACUUAUAGGAUAUAUGGUGCGCUAACUUAGGGUUCUCUUUCCAUCCUUGUCCUUCUUCCUUUUUCCCUCUGGAGUUAGCUGCUUUUAAACAUUAAUUUCUGUGCAGUAUUAUCCACAGGGUAUGAAUAACCAUGGUUAUUCCAUUUGAAAAAGUCUUUGACGAAAAGCGUUAUGGAAAUUUAAUUAUUGUGUUCUUUUAUAUAUUAAAGUAUUUUUGGUUAUAUGUUUGUACCAAUAAUCUUUUUUAUAGACACAUAAUUUUCUUUUUUAUUAUCCUGGCCUUUUUAAUUAUUUUAUCCUUUUUUACUGGUUUUAAAAAAAACCUUGAGAAUCCCUGGAAGUUUCCUGUACUUAAAGAAAUCCUAGGUGGGGAUCAAUCCACCCAAGCUGUCAUCACGGAGCAGUAAAUCUGCUCCUGCUUUGUAAGUACAUUCUUUUAUUAUUUUAUCCAUAUUGCUAUACAGUGAGCACUAUCGGCUGUUUCUUUUAUUCCGAGAAUUGGACACCUACCACAGAGAGGAACCCAUUUAAAUCCUACAAGCGGGGAUCAAACCGCUGUAUGCGCCAUAACCCAGAGCUAGGACAAUAGCUCUGGCAAAUGUGAGUUCUAUAUUAUUAUUAUUUUAUGUUCACACCAGAAUUUUAUAUACUACACUAUUGGUCGCCCUUCUCUCUCCUCUUUUUUCUUUCAUAUAAGUGGAACGGCUACAUUAAGAGAAGACGUCACUAGCAAAGACCAUCUGUAAGGAUAAAAACAUUGGGACUUUCCUUUACAUUGGACUUUAUUUCUACUUGUGUGCGCAGCCUUUCUCCUAUUAUUUUCAUCCAUCCAGUUCUAAAGGGUCUGAGGGAUCCCCUUUUAAGGUUGCUGCCUAUAAGUUAUCUAGCGCUGUCUCAUUUCCAUUUUCUUGUCCCUUUAAUAAUUGCCUUUUCUUGUUGAAAGUGACUGGCUCCUAACUUUUUUAGCUCGCUCCUAGAUUCCAAACAAAUUUGUCAAGCCCAGCUGUAAUGUCAAGAUUAAUUUGUGCAUAUAUACAGUGACUAAUGUUGGAAUUUUUUUCUCUCUCUUGACAGUUUCUCACUGAAUUGACGCGAUUGUUCCAGAAGUGUAGAACAACAGGAAGUGUUUAUAUCACUUUGAAGAAGUGUAUGUAUAACUGUCACCCGGUGGCUUGUCUAAUAAUAUAUUUUGCAUGUGUGGGUUCUAUCCUGUAUGAUUGAAUGGAGAUGUGGAUAUGGUUCUAUGCAGCUUAGUGAUUACUACUGUUGUGACCCUUAGCUAGCCAUAUCCCCAUCAUGUUAUGAGCUGAAUUAUUUAUUUUAGUAGUUCUUAAACUCUGAGAGGAAAAAGUAGGGUUGUCGGUCAAUAUUUUAGGGUGAAGCUGUCUUGUCUGAAAUGCCUCUCUUGUCACUUUAUAGAGCAUGUAGUGUAAUCCACUCAUUGUGCCAACAAAUGUAUAAGUGUGUUUUGGCUUGUGUUUUUUUUUUUUUUUGGCGGGGGGAUAUAUAUAUUCUAUCUAUCUCUCUUCAGCUUUACCUCUGUGUCAUCUAUUCAACUCAAGAAAAUUGUGUGAUGUUUGUGUCAUUGGGGGUGGAGAUACGUUCAGAGGAAAUUGUGAACCAUUCUCGUCAAAGCAUGCAGUUUUUGCUGAAGGUUUGGGUGACAAGAUAGAAAGUUGGAAGCCAGUUGAGGGAAUGUAUCUUUUGUAUAGCCAAUUUUGUAUGGGAUUAAGUAGUAAGCAUCAUGGCAAAUGUGUCUUGUUGUCCCAAGUCCAUCAUAUUGUCUCUGAAGUUGGUGCUCCGUUUUUUUUUUUUUUUGUUUGUUUUUUAUGUAGUUGUUUAGAGGUGAAGUAAUAAUGAAUUAUUGUAACUAAAAUAUGUUGGUGCUGUACAAAUAUUGUGAUAAUUACCAAAUACAAGGUAAUGUUGAUACAAAAACCAGAGUUGGGCUGCGCCACAAUAUAAUGAUAAAGAAUAGUCUUAUCUCAGUAUAGUCCCGGAUAGAACCAAGCCUUAAUAUAUAGAAUUGGAGUUCAAUGUAGGUCUCUGAAGUCAGGGGAUAGUGAUCCUUGCACUUAUCAAAUGUCUGAGUAUAUAUAGAAAGGGGCGAUAAGAGAUGGAAAAGAUAAUGGUGUAAUAAGUUCCCCAAAGUAUAGAUAUGACCGUAAAAUAAUAGGGUUACACUCACUUUUAAUAGAGCUUAAGCCAGCUUCUGUGUGUAUAGCGUACAGCGGUACAAUCCCCACUUAUAGGAUAUAUAGUGAAUGUUCUUGGAGCUGGAGGUAUCAAAGACCCAGAGAAAGGGUGCGAUAAGAAAUGGAAACAAUAAUAGUGCAGUAUUAUCCACAGGGUAUGAGUAAAACCGUAAAAUAGGGUUAUACUCACAUUUGGUAGAGCUUAAGCCAGUUCUGGUGUGACUAGCGUAUAGCGGUACAAUCCCUACUUAUAGGAUAUAUGGUGCGCUAACUUAGGGUUCUCUUUCCAUCCUUGUCCUUCUUCCUUUUUCCCUCUGGAGUUAGCUGCUUUUAAACAUUAAUUUCUGUAUCUAAUAGUGAUAAUUUUUUACUCUUUUUUUUUUUUUUUUUUUUUCACUAUAGUCACCAGAACAACUACAGCGUAUUGUAUUUGUUCUGGUGAGUAGAAUCAUUCCCUUCAGAGAAAAUACAGUGUUUACAUUACAGCCUAGCGAUAACUUCACUGGCCACUCCCCAGAUGGCUGUUUAAGAUCCUUCCUGGGUCAUGACUGCCUAAAAUGCAUCCAAACAUUCAGUGUCUCCUCCCUCUGCAUGCAGACACUGAACUUUCCUCAUAGAGAUUCAUUGAUUAAAUUCAUCUCUAUGAGGAGAUGCUGAUUGGCAAGGCUGUGCUUGAAUCAUGCUGGCUCUGCCCCUGAUCUGCCUCCUUGUCAGUCUCAGCCAAUUCUAUGGGGAAGCACUGUGAUUGGAUCAGGCUACCACUUCUGAUGAUGUCAGCAGACUGUUUGUUUUUCUGAGUCUAACAGCAUGCAGAGUUACAGCUUCAGGUUUGAAUACAGUAAGAUUUUUACUAUAUUUAUGGAGGCAUGAGGGGCGCAGGAGGGCUAGAUGGUGGUGUUAACACUAUAGGGUCAGGAAUACAUGUUUGUGUUCCUGGCCCUAUAGUGAUCCGUUAAGCCAAAAGUACAAAUUUCAAGCUUAUUGUUCUAUUCAUCCAUGUACUCAAUGUCCUCCUAGUCUGAGGUCGGUGUUUUAAAUAGCUUCAGGCUUCUAGGGGUUAUACGUUCAUCUAUAUAUUUCUUUAGUGUGGUAAUUUUCCAUUUUAGUUUAAUUUCAGUGCUUUCAAACUUUUUCUAAUUUGGUAAACGGUUCUUGUUGGCAAAACUGGUUUCUUAUGUAGAUAGUGCUAUUUGGUUCUGUGUCAAAUAUAUUGUUGAUAUCAAUCGUAUAGUUAUUCCUAAAUUCGAAUAUGGACACGAUAUGAAAUUAGUUUAAAAGCAGCUAACUCCAGAGGGAAAUAGGGAGAAAGACCAGGAUGGAAAGAGAAGACCAAGAGUUAGCGCACCAUAUAUCCUAUAAGUGGGGAUUGUACCACUGUACGCUAUACACACAGGAGCUGGCUUAAGCUCUAUUAAAUGUGAGUGCAACCCUAUUAUUUUACUGUCAUAUCUAUACCUUGGGAAACGGAUUGCACCAUUAUCUUUUCCAUCUCUUAUCACCCCUUUCUAUAUAUACAGACAUUUGAAAAGUGCAAGGAUCACUAUACCCUGACUUCAGAGACCUACAUUGAACUCCAAUUCUAUAUAGUAAGGCUUUGCUCUAUCCAGGAAUAUACGAUAAGAUAAGACUGUUCUUUAUCAUUAUAUUGUGGCGCAGCCCAACUCUGUUUUUUGUAUUUCUCCGAUUACCUUCAAGGGCUGUGAAGGAACCCUUGUUUAGGGUUGCUGCUUUUACUCACCUUACUAUAUUUGGAUUUAUUAGCGCUAACUCUUAGUGUUCUCUUUCCAAGGUAAUGUUGAUGGGGAUUUUCAACUUCAGUGUUUCAGGACAUGUAGAGUAAAAAGAGAUCUGUAUAAAUCAUGUGGUACUAGCUUAUGCAUACGUUGUUACAUGCAAGACAUAAUGUUUGGGGUCAAGCACAUACUUAAAAGGACACUUUAGGGACUGUAAUUACUUAAUCUCAUUGAAGUGGUUAUAGUGUGUGCCACUGUGCUGCUUGGUCUAAUGAGAAAGUAUCAGGCUGAGCAUCUAUUGGCGGAUAUGAUUGGUUGAGACUGUCAGCUGACACUGUCAUCCAAUCACAGCACCCAUUGCUGGUGUGAAUCUGUAUGGCUAGAAUGAAGUAUGUAAUCUCUGUCUCCAGUAGUAGUGCCUGGAAGUGUACAGAGCCCCCUAUUUAUUAGAUUAACACUAAAUGGAGGGACAGUGACAGGGGACUCAAAGUACUAUAGCCAUUUCAGUGACAUGAAAUAGUUAUGGUGCAUACAGGUUUUUGUUUUGGGGGGGGGGGAAGGUGGGUCUGAAUGUCAUGGUUUAUGUAAAGAACAAAAAAUGUAUAAUGAUGUUUGUGUAUCAGUAAAAGCCUGUCCAUGGGGGAGCGCCCAACCAGUUUUUGUUACAAAUACAAAACAAAAUAAUAAUUAACCUGUACAUAUCUAUUAUUAUUUUUUUGUUUUUAACUUUAGUGUAAACAUACACCUUUUAAGAUGUCUGUUUGAUAAAAUGUGUUAUGUCCUUAUUAUUAGUACUGUGGUUUCCUUUGUUAUCCCCCUCUUGUUGCUUAGAGUUUAAGAAACACAGUGUUAAAAACACCAUGUAGCCUCCUUGCCUCCCUAAAUAUAGUAAAAUCUUAGUUGUAUUCAAGUCUGCUGCUGCCUCUGACCUACCUGAUGACAUCAUCAAAGAGGAAUCUGUGAGCCAAUCGUAAUGCUUGUCCAUAGGCAGGGCCGCCAUCAGUGGGUGACAACCAUAACUCACUAUGCUCUUAUCAGGAUUUAAUUUAACACUUGUAAUUUUCAACACUAGUACUAUUUAAUUUGUUCCCCCACAUUUUUAGCGUAGGACCCACCAAUAUUGGGGUACUUUGAAAGUAGUGGUGGGCUUAACAACAUAUGGCCAUAUGGUGGAACUAAAUCCCCAUAUUUAUUCUCAGAUAGGCAUUUUAGUAGCCUUCUUUGUAUUAUAUAUUGUUUUGUAGUCUGAGUGCGCUGCAACUAUUUAUUGUUUUAUGUAUGAAGUUUGGUCACUGCGGCAGCACCUUUCAUACAAAAUGCAGGUCUUGGGAGUGCCCCCUAUCCUUUUUCUGUAACCAUAACGGUUGUCACGGGCCCGGUGGCCCUGGGGGGCCCGGCCGCCCGGGCCCCACGUGUAGCGGCGAAACUGCCGCUGGUGCACUUGCACUGGGGCCUAUCGGUUGGCCCAUGCACUGACGGCCACCCGAUGGGCCCUAUAUCUUCAGGGGCCCGGUCAGUGCUGUGGCCAUGGUAUAGCUCGACCGGGCCCCUAUAAAAAGGCCGCAGCAAGUGCUGCUGGGAGGAAGUAGUCACUUCCUCCCAGCUCACUCCGCGCAGGAGGAGCGCGCACCAGUGGAGAGGGAGAGCCUGCCGACUACUCCCAUCAGCCCCAACCACACUCCUGCAAAGACAAAGUAAGAGACAGGAGGGUGGCUGGAAAAUGAGCUAUGUAUGUCUGUGCGUAUGUCUGUGCGCUAGUAUCAAUGUAUGUAUUUAUGUCUGUCUGUAUUUGUCUGUCUGUAUUUAUGUCUGUCUGUAUGCCAUUAUGAAUGUAUUUUUGUAUGCCAUUAUGGAUGUCAGUGUCUGUAUGGAUGUUAGUAUGUGUCUGUCUGUCACUAUGUAUACCUGUGUGUAUGUCUCAGUAUGAGUGUAUGUCUGUUUCAGUAUGUGUGUCUGUUAGUAUGUAUCUGUGUCCUUUUGUAUCAGUGUGUUUGUUUUUCUGUGGGUGGUAUUUGGAGGCGGGGCCCAGACCCUGAGCUGAGUUAGGGGCCCCAAAAUUUCUGGUGGCUGCCCUGUCCAUAGGAUUGGCUGAGACUGUCAAGGAGGCAGAUCCAGCACAAGCCAAAUUCUGUCCUGGCCAAUCGCCAUUUCCUCAUAGAGAUGCUUUGAAUUAAUUCAUCUCUGAGGAAAGUUCAGUGUCUCUAUGCAGAGGGUGGAGACACUGAAUGGCAGUACUGCUUAGUGUGCAGCACUGCACCAGGAAGCACCUCUAGAUUACAGCCUAGUGAUACCUCCACUGGCCACUCCUUUAGAUGGCUACUAAACACUGCAUUUUCUCUGAGAAUCGUGUUUACUGCCAAAAGCUUGAAGGCAAUGAUUCUAUUUACCAUAAAUACAAUAAGCUGUAGUUGUUCUGGUGACUAUAGUGACCUUUUAACAUCAGGUGUGUGUGUGUCUCCCUCUCCGUCUCCCUCUCCCUCUCCAGCCUGCUUCCUGUUGUCUUCCUGAAUGAUCUUAUUAAGGCAGGCACUGCUUUGAACAUCGGGUGUCUGCCUUAAUAAGCGUGAAAUAGAGCCCUCCGACCUCAUGUGUAGCUUGACACUAAUUUCUUCCCCAACCACAUGGUGACACACCGCUUGAACAAUGGGUGCCUGUCACAUUUACUACCUGGCUCACUCCACCUACCCACAGACGGGCUCCUCUCCAACAGCGGGUGCUUGCCUCCAUGUCUCUCCAGCUCCCUCCCCUUAUAACUUGUCACAUGUAAAACUCCAACAGUGGGUGCCUGACACUUUAUUUUAAUUUUAUUAAUGAACUUUUCUCAUGAGGAGAAUAUUAUUUAACCAAAAAUCUGAAUGCAGGGCCAUCUUCAAUAUUUUCUUUUCGAUUUUCAUUUUUCCGUAAAAAACAAACAAAUGUACUUUCAAUUUCGUCAGUUAAAUAUAUAUUUGUUCUACUCAUUAAAAAGAAUAUGCCUUUAUGGUUCAUUCCCUCUACAUGGGAUUGUAGUAGUUCCAUAUAGACAUUUCUAUUCAUAAUUAAAAUAUUUAAGGACAGAGUCAAAUCUGCGUGUCUAAGUAUUGCGUCCCACCAACUUGAAAAGUCACCAGCCGCCUCUUAUUUGUGUAUAUAUGCAAUAAUAAGUAGGUGACAGUCCCCAGUUAAUGUGUGUGUAUAUGUGUUGGAUAGCCCGUUUAAAGGGUUAUUGUAUUCUAGCUUGCAAAGUAUAAUAAACCAUGGGAAUAGGCACCUAAAAUGUAGUUGGAAAUCAACUCUCCAACCUUUUAAAUGGCAGGCUUUAACACACACUCACAUAUGCGCGCAAUACAUUCCACAUAUUUUACAUUCAUAUGUAGACACAUACUGACCUAAAACUGCAGAUUUACAUUUUAUCAAAUACUUGCCACCCAUGCUGAUGCUGACUUAGAGGAGGCUGUGUAGUCUGGAGCAUUGUCUUCUUGGUAUCUGAGGGGAUGGACUAUUUCUGCAUUCUAGCAUCCUUCCCAUAUCUGUGUUAUAACAACUUUAUGGGCCUUGUUAUACAGCUCCAAUGUGUUCCCGAAAUUAAAGAAACACUACAAGCACCAUAACUACUGUGGUGCCUAUGGUGAAAGAAGUGCCCUGGCGCUAUCCCAACAUAGGUAGUCAAACUGUCUUUACUGUGGUUUGGCCACUUACCUGAGUGCCCCAGGAGCCUACACUGCAUCUGGUCCUCUCCUGCAGAAGUCUGAUGGCUGUAGAAUAAAGCAUGGUCCUGAAUGGCACUCUUUUGCUUUGUAGAGCAGGUUCUCCUGUUGGAGAAUACUGGCUGUGACUGCGGGUGCCUGGUCAUGGGAUAGCAUCCCCACCCACUAGGUACCAUAACCACUAUAACAGAAUGAAGUAGUUACAGUGUUUGGACUGUUCCUGUCAUUUUCUUUUGUGAGUGAAGCUCAUGCCAAGUGAUUUUUCCUUAACUAUUGAGGAUUGCCUCUUGUUUCAGAUAGAAAUGUAGGUGGUAGAAACAGAGGUGGAUAUGACUUUAUGGGUGGCUUAGCACGGUAUGGCCGAAUUACAUUCUAAAGCACCAUUUUUUUUAUUAAUUUUUUUUCCACAUUGAAGAUGUGUGUAUUUAUGUACAUGUUUUCAAGUUCAUUAGAUGCUUGAUAUGUGUGUGUACAUCUAUUUAUUCUCUAAAUAUUGGUUAUAAUAUAGAAUUUAACUAAUUUUUUUUUUUAUUGUUGCCCCAAAGAUGAUGGUCGAACAAAACCCGUUCCUCGGAAGGGACACACUGAGACCUUUGAGCCAGCGGAUAAUAAAUGUCUUUUGAGGGCUACUGAUGGAAAGAGGAAAAUCAGUACAGUGGUAAGUUUAUUUCCAGUAUAUUAGACCCUUACUUUGCAAAUUUUCAACUCUAUCUUUUCAUAACUUUAUUUUUAUUUUCAUUGCAGGUUAGUUCAAAAGAAGUUAACAAGUUCCAAAUGGUAUGUUUUUCCACUUUUUAAAACUGACGAAUAUAUCUCAUGAUGUAAUUGGCUAUGUCUGUGUCAAUUUUAGUUCUGUGUAUGAUCUAAACUUAUUUAAAGUGCUUUUAUGACUUGUUAAAACAAAUGUGUGUGUGUGGUGCUGCUGCGACUGCAGGACACCAAGGUAACAAUAAUGAUGCUACAUAUGAGGCCAAUUCGGUUAUUGUGUUCAGAGAUGGGUGAGAAUGUAAAUGUAGUCUUUCAACAAGACAUUAAAAUAAAUAAAUACCAAUAUGGAAUUGACCUUAAUUAAGCAUUCUGACUGCGUAGGUGUCCAGCAUUCUGUUACUUCAUCUCACAGGGUUAUUCACCAAAUUGUUGGGAACUCAGCAGGUAAAUCCAAAUGCAAGCCAAAAAUAAGCGUGUUGGAGAACCUUCCAUGGUUGGCUAUAUUUAUUUAUUUUUUUACAUUUUUGUUGUGAACAUAGGAACAAGCAAGCCUGCAGUGCCACGACAGCAGCAAGCAUAAGCAAACAUAGAGGUGACAUUUGAGAUAACAGCACGUUUUUAGGAGCCUAGAUCAGCAAACAAGUGUAGAACAGUGUAAAAGCAUGGCUAUCUCAUAAUAUGUGUAACUUAAAGCAUAUUAAACAAGCUAUCCUAAGAAGGUGUCAGCUAUGCAUUGCAUUUCUAAAACAGUAACAGGCUGUGUCUCUAUGCCUAAAACACUGAUACAGGAAUACCACUGGGUUUAAACUUUUGAUUAAAAGCAUGUUCUGUAUAUAUCUUGCAGAGCUGAGCAUCCAUGCUUUUAAGUGUGAAAUUCCUUUGUCCGUCUUGAUCACCCAACUCCGCAGGCUGGCCAUGUCCCAGAGUCCACCAUUUUGCCUGCAAUAUUCUCUCCUUUCCCUGUCAGACGGUGUAGGCUUUGUAGGGUGUCCAGCCAUUGAGUGUAACAUGAGUUGCAGUGCUUCAGCUCCGCAGAGCCUUGAUGGAAGCCCACACCCGGCGUCCGUGGGUCCCUACAUAGAUAAUGGCAAGGUCACAAGCCCUCAGGGUAUGCAGGUUCUGGGUUUCCCCCUGUAUAGACAAAUGGGCGGUUUUGAGUUGGCUCCGAGUGGCUCAAAUAUCUGAAACUGCUUCUUGGAUUGGCUGUGCAGCAGGAGGGGUAAGCACAGUGGUUUGGCAGGCGAAUCUGUGCCAAAAUUUCUGGCAGAUUACACUAAAUAUGUCUCUCCAGUUUUGGCCCUCCAGGGCCCUUCAGCAGUGCAGAGCUUUCAGCGCAGUGGCCAUUUUGGUUGUGCGACACUGCUUAUGAGGAAUUAUGGGGGGCUGCUAUUGCGGUUUCAAGCUGACCCAGUGGGGACCAGGAUAACAAGGGGGUGACAGGGCUGCAAGAGGUAGGCUUCCAGGGGCACGUGCGGUGGGGAAGAUUGUCCGCUUCCCCCUCCACAGGUACUGCAAACCCAAUAGACCUUAAGGUUCCGAACAGGUUGCAGCUUGGCAAGGCAUCCUGUUCUGGACUUGGUAAGCUGCACAAAUUAAGAUCGGUCUUCAUAUGGCUCUCUCUAAUAUGAUUAUAUAUAUAUAUAUAUAUAUAUAUAUAUAUAUAUAUAUAUAUAUAUAUAUAUAUAUAUAUAUAUAUAUAUAUAUAUAUAUAUAUAUAUAUAUUUGCGAAACUACCUAGGUUACUUGGGAGCUCCAGAGUAACACGUCCAGCCAUGUUUGACGUUAGGUCCCGCCCCCUUGUUUAGCUAUUUUAACCCAACUUUAAAUUCCUUGGUUAUCCCUGGCAAUUCAGUUUAUGGAAUAACCCUUUCCAUAACCUUCUGCUACCCUCGAAGCCAUCUGUUCUCUGGAUGCAACAUGUUGCAUUUUAUAUUGUUGUAUUAUUUGGUGUUUUAUUUGAACAUAUGAUCCUGUGUUUAGAAAAUACAUCACAAAUUGUACAGUGGUGUCUUUGCACUGCAGCAGUCAGAUGAUAUUACAAAGUGUAAUAACAUAGAAAUUUAUAUUUUUAAUUGGAGGCAUGCAGAGACACGAAGCCGUAGAACCCGUGUGAUCUUGUUUUUGCAAUAGAUCAUGAGUCCUAAUUUAAGAGCCAGAAAGACAUAUGAAAAGUUCUGUUUUAAGUUCAUACAUUUGCCUUUCUCUGAACACAUUUUAACUGAACUGACCCUUGUGAAUGUGAUUCUUUUGGGGAAAUAAUUUCAUGUGUAAUAUAAUUAGCAACGUUCUACACUAGAGGGUGAAUUAUUGCAAAUGGAGAGUGAAAUUCAUGUUAUAGUGCAAGAUAGUGCAACUUGUAUAGAUGAACUUUUGUGCUUUGCUUUACUGCUCUUCAGUAACCAUAGGACUCUAUCAGGGGGUAUUUUAAACACUGCAUACAUUGUAUUUGCUACACACAGAGGUGAAGGUGUCCACUUGUGUGUUUGUCAACCAUGGGUUGCUUUAUUUUAUUUAUUUUGGACACUGCAGUGUUCUAAUAUGUGCCAAUUGUGAUUACGUGCUAUAAAUAUGCUUAUUUCAAAGAUACAAACUAAUGCUAUCUUUACUUCUUAUCUUCCUGCGAUAAUACUCGAAAAUAAAGUGUCACAAACACAACAAAGGCUUUGACUUUAUCCAAAUGCCCUAGCAACCUGUGUGGCAUUUAUUAUAGAUUAACACCCCUGAGGGGAUUUACUUAGCUAUAACUAUAUACAGGACCCAACAUACAAAGGUCAGAGUCUACUUAAUAAUAAAACUGAGGCUUUACCUUGAUAGGGAUUCUCCAAAAAAACUAUUAUCUAUGGGAUUAAACCUAUUACAAAAAAACUCAGAUGACCCUUUAGAAGCUAUAAUUAAUUCUUGGCAAAGAGAUUUGGGAAAUCAGAUUACUUGUAACCAAUGGAGAGAAGCUCUAAAUCUUACCUAUAAACAUAUCCAUUGCCUUAAUCUGGUGGAAUGCCAUUUUAAAAUCAUAAAUAGGUGGUAUAUGAUCCCCAGUAAAAUUAAGAAGUUUAGUAUUUCAGGUAACGCCAAUUGCUGGAGAUGCAAUGUGGAAUGUGGGAACUAUCUACAUAUAUGGUGGGACUGUAGGUAUAUACAGAAGUUUUGGAAAAUGAUGUUAUCUAGGAUAAAACUUAUUACUUUGAUUUACCUAUGGCACCACAGAUAUGCCUUUUGCAAUUAGAUAUCUACCAGGUUAGUGGUAGUUCACUGCCGGUUAUCUUGCAUAUACUACUAGCCGCGAAACUUUCUAUUGCAAGGUAUUGGAAAAUGGAGUUGGUGCCUUCCUGGCCCGUAGUUAAGGAACAAAUUAAAUAUCAAUUGAAAAUGGAAGCUGGGUUAAAUAUAAAAUAUCAAGAACGCUAUAACUCCUGGUUGGCGAAGUUAGAGGCUGUUGUUGACUUAUAGAUAGAUGUCCAAAAUUUUUUCUGGGCCUAAGUCGAUAUCGAUACUAUAUUAAAAGUGACCUCAUAUGACCAUUUGAUGUUCUGUCCUGUUAUGUCCUUUUGUAUGUGGGUUGUUUACAGUGAGAUUUUUAAACAACAUAGGUGUUUUACUAAACGUAACUAUACUAUUUCAAACCUAUGCGAAAAAAGUAAUGAUGUUAAUGAUGUUAUGUGUGUCUUACUGUAUAUGUUUUAUACGGGAUGUUUUGUUAAUUGUAUCUUUUUUUUUGUGUUUGUUGCUAAUUCUAUUGUGUUAUAAAAAAAGAAAAAAAGCGGAGUUGAUGUCUCCGAAUAAAGAUUAUAUAUUGAAAAAAAAAAAAAACUGAGGCUUUACUUUACAGCUCUUAAAACGGAUUAUGUAGCAUACAACUUUUUGUGAUGUUCCUCUUUAUGAAUUAAGUGGAUAUUUCACUUAAAACAGCACAUUAUUCAUUAAUAAGAGAAAAUUACUUUUGUGGUUUUUUUUUGGGGUGUUUUCGACGUGUGUGGGUGUGGGCAACAUCCCUCUUUAAGAGGGUGAAGUUCUCAUUGUUUAUAUAUUUUUCCUGAUUGUUUGCUCAUCGUGUCUUUUUGCAAACUGUUAAAUGGUUAUACCAACAAGAAAAACCUUCCUAUAUGACCAACCCCCAAAAAGCGUAAAUGUGGGGAAGGGAUAUGCCUGCAUUGGCUGGCUGGUGCUAGCAUGUUGCAUGUGUCUCUUGGUGAGGAUACACUAAUAUUUUUUCACUCUGUAAUGACUACAUCUGAAUGUAAGUGUAUUUGAAUAUAGUAAUUGGUUUUUCUUUUUCCCCCUCCCACAGGCAUAUUCCAACCUUCUUCGUGCAAACAUGGAUGGGCUUAAAAAGAAAGACAAAAAAAGCAAAAAUAAGAAAAGCAGUGCAGCACAAUGAUGGACUGAGACACUCUCCUCAUCCCUUCAUCAUGACUUGGCUGCCACUUGGAAGGCCAAUAGUUCAGACAGAAACCACAGCCAUUCCCCUUUAUGCCACGUCGGAAGUAAAGAUCCAGGUCUCACGGCAUCUCGUUGGAUGGCAAUGAUUUGUUAAACUUGCAUACAUUGAACUUUACUUGUGUUUUUUAUUUUCAUUUUAUUUUGCAAAUUUACUGCAGUUUCACUUAAUUCAAGACAUGUAUGUAUGUAUCUUUCAUUAAAAGUACACUAAAUUCCACCCCUUACCUGGGAGUUAUUUGUUAAACAACAACAACAAAAAUCCACCAGAAUAGUUUUAUGUUCUGGAAAGCAUUGUAUUAAUUUAUUAGACUCCAGCAUGAACAGUGCACGAUGUAAUGACAAACAUAUUUGUUGUUUAACAGACAGAAGAAAACGAUUAGGAUUGCAGAAUAAUGAAGAGAAUUAUAGAGCACAAUACGUGUUUAUUUGCAAACUGAAAUAGUGCAUUUUGCGUACGGUUGUAUACAGGUUAUUGUGAGUGGUGAAAGCUUUUUGACUUGUGAUGUCCUCUGCAAGUCCUGGUCUAUUUUUUUUUUUGUUCUUUGACUUUGAGAUUUUCUGUAGACUGCUUUGAUGGUAAGGAUUGGUUACUGUGGCAAACAGACUUGUAUUCUUAUUAUAUAAAUCAGAAACAGACAAUUUCUCUUAGAACACUCAAAGCACCAAAGCCAGUACCUCUCACUGUAGUGAUUAUGGUGCCAGAAGUUCCUGGCUCCAUUCCAGUAUAACCAGCUAAGAAUCGUAUUAACGUGGUUUACACACUUUCCUGGGUCCUGUCAAGUGUUGGCACUGCAUCAGGUCUUUGUUUUGGCAGGUGAACUCAUUAGCCUCAUUCACUCGCUCAGUCCACUCAGCUGACACACUGCCAGUGAAUGAACACCUACAUCUGACUCCAUCUUUCUGUUCAAGAAGAUCAGAUGUAGCAUGUGUACCAGGUAAGUGUCAAACUGUGCUACACCUGUUUGAUACUCCUGGCACCAUACCCACUGUGCAUUGAUAUUUAGCGAUUAUGGUGCUUAAAGCGGUCUUUUAUUAAUGGUAUCUACAUUACUUUUCAACUAUUGUUAGCCAUGUUAAAUUGAAACACAAAAUUUUCUCACUUAGGAUUUUAUUGAUCAAUCCUUUAAGUACCACUAAUGCCCUAGACACAUCAUGCAAAUCCCGGUGGUUUAUUUAUGUAACUAAUUGGUGUACUGCACACUUUGACUAAUGCUUGUCCAUUUACCAAUUAAGUAUCUGAUCCUCUGGCUUUGCUGCAGUUUGUAAUGCAGAUUACUUUACAUUCUAUUUUAAGUACAAUUAGACUUAAAAAUGUGUGUGGGAGUUAGUGUGAAAUUGAUGGAUAAUCAACAUUUGUGGUGACACAGAGGUAUACAUAUGAAAAUAUGGGGGUGCCACUAGUGCUAAAUGUGUAGGUGUCUUGAGGAUGUCCCAAUCUGUGUACACCAUCUCUAUUUUUAGUGACUGUGGAGAAUGGGCUGCUGGUAACUCACAGAUAAAACCAGGAAGUGCUUCAGGCACCUUACUGUCUGCAGUGUAUUCUUAAUGCAGAAUCUUUAUUUUUAAUUUUUAUUAUAUAUUCUAUAGGCCCUACUAAGUUACGUAGUAAAAUAACAUUUGCAGGCGUACAUUAGCAGAUUUGUUUUGGUAACUGUGUUUUGGAAUGUUGGUGGAGAGCUGCAGGAGAAGGACCCUUGACCAAAUGGGCAACCGUGAGUAAAAUGCUUAAAGUGGACCAGAUAUACAUGCAGGGACCUUCAGUAAUUAUGUUUGGGAAAUGGACAAGAAAGUUUCAUUAAAUGGACCAAUCUCAGCCCAGCUGCUGGGCCAGAUGAUUCUUACAGUUGGCCUGAGAUGGAUCCAUUUACGGUCUUUGUAUUUUUUCUAAACUUGGUAAUCUUAGGCAAACACCACACAAUGGUGGUUUUAAAUCUUCCACCCAUUUUAAUUGUAUAAAGAGAGCCCCAUUUAAGCCUUUAAGGACCAAGUGUUAAAUAUCUGUCAUCUCAUUUGGGUGCCAAAAUGCAUUCUGCCAUUAAGGAUGGCUCUGCUUAUUUAACAUUUAACCCUACUGUUAAAGAGGCUCUAACUUGGAUUUCUGAUAUUGUUUCCUCUUUUCUAAACUCCAUCCUUUUGUCACAAUUGCCAAUCAUAGGAAAAAUACCUAAGAGAGAGUAGGAACCAUUUUGUCUUAUGUAUUUUUCCUAUGAUUGACAACUGUCAAAGGGUGCAGUUUAUGGCAAGCUCGACUUCCUUUAUGAAUAUAUAAAAAGGGAGAAACUUGUUUUAACCUUCACCAUUUUUUGUGAAGAUUGCCAAGUGUAAGAAACAAAUGCAUAAGACAAAAGUAGUUCCCACUUUGUCCUAUGUUUUAAAGAGAUGGAUAUAAAUAGAUCAGAAAACAAGUACAGAUGAUGGAAGAGGAAACCAUAGGAGAAAGGUACGUUUAAGGGGACAGAGCCACUUUAACAGAGUGGGACUUUCAAUUUGAGAAUAGGAUGUUAAAAUGUAUUUAUUUUUUAUGCAUAUGUCGGUAUAUUUACAACAAAAUGUCAUGAAAAUGGAAGUUUAAAAACAAAACCUUAGGUGGCAUCAUAAUGUGUAAAACACCAAUUUGUUUAAAGACCUAGAGCACAAAUAAAUAAAUGAUAUUUAUAUUAUGUGUCUGUAGAGUGAAGGUCCUUUUAUUUCAGCUUAAGAAGUACACAGUACUAUUAUUUAAUUUGUGUUUAAUACUUUAGUAUUACAUAGCAAUUGCUUUAACAACUUUAUGCAAGGUUAUAAAAAAAAAUUUUUUGAAAGCCAUUCAAUAAAUGCUAGAGCUGCAUGUACCAUUAAAAUGCUACUGGUAAAAUAACAAGUAUUAAAUGUCAACAUAGUGAUUCUGAAAUGUCUGUGUGCGUAAGAAUGCUUUAUACCACUGAUAACAUCAGUACUGUUUUAUAUAGGCACCACUAUGUGUUGUUGGGAUUAAUAAGAGGUUGUGUUUGGAACUCUCUCUGAAUUUGUUGUUGAAUUUAAAUUCAUGACGUUCAUCCAGCAAGAGAAAUUCCAGUCCACAAUAUAGCAGGCAACCAGUCCUGUUACUUUCUGGUUUGGUUAGCUUAUUUGCACUGAAGUUAAGAGGCAGCAUUUGCCCAAAGCACUUGCCUUACAAAGACUCUCAUUGAGCUGCAUUGGGAAGUCUGUGAUUGGACAGCCACAGAAUGUGUAGGCGGGGUUUGAAGAGGAGGGCUUGCAAAGGCUGCAGACAACAGAUCUGCAGUUUUUGUAAGCUGUUUUUAGAUUUAACUCCAAUGAAAAAAUACAUAAUUAAAUACAUGUAAGAUUUCAUUUAGGAUAGAUAUACUGUUUAAUGUGUAUAUAUACACUAAACAGUAAUUUUUGUUUUGGGCAGUGGAGUGUCCCUUUAAAAGGUUACUCCAAACAUCAUUCAAACAACUGUAGUGGUUAUGAUGUGAGCAAUACCCUGGCACUGUUACCUGGUUUUCCACUUAUCUGGAUUCUGCCUGGGGCCGAGCUUGAAAUGACAACGGCUACCCAGUAUCCGGCUUCAGCAGCAACCGCAUGCCGAUCCUGCUGCUCAUUCUUUGGCUAAUUAACUUUUGUGCCUAAAAUUUUCAUUAGCUAGCCCACAACUCUUGUUCCUGGCUAGCUAAUGUACGAUUGUAUAAUAUCGCUACGUGCAUUUCAUGCUGAAACACUGCACCUAUGACUCCAAGCACAAUGACCACUUCAAAACACUGAAAUGGACGCAGUGCUUGGAGUAACCUUUUAAAAUAGUCCCAGGCCCUUAACUCCAAGACUAUUUAAGUUAUUGGUCAGCAACAUCCGGGCACAGUCUUGCCUUUAGUAGGUAAAUUAUUUUGGAAUGGUUUUUUAACCCAAAGUGGGGGCAUAUGACAGCAUCACCAUCCUGGCGUACUUCCUUUCUGCCUCUACAGAAUUAGAGGAAAUGCUGAAGUAUUAAUGGUCCUAGAAGUGGCCUUCCAGUGAAGACUAGUUUGGCAGCUUACCCUGGGGUUAUCCAGACAUCCCUCCCCUUCAGACUGUUCUGGAGCUUCCAUCAGGCGCACAGAAAACGCCAGGGAAGCUGUCAAACUGGUCUUGUGGCACCAUAAUCACAACAUUGGCCUAUCCCGGGGUGAGUUAAAGGGACACUGUCUCCUAUUAAGAGUUAAAUCGAUCACUUUGUUUAUGCAGCUCUAGACACAUUCCCUUGAUAAGAUUCACAUAGCCUCUUUAUUGCACUUUGUUUAAUAAUGACUGCUAUCCCCUGUACUGUUAAUUGCUUGCUAGAGCCUGCAACAGCCUCCUGUGUGUAAUCAAAAUUCAUAUAACCGAACAGGAGCCAGAAACUAUAAAGUGCUGUAUAAUCUGAUUGAAAAUUUAAACUUAUUUACUUGGAGGCUUUGUGAGUCGUAACCAGGGGAAGUGUGGCUAGGGCGGUAUAAACAGAUACAAAAGUGAUUUCAUUCUUGGCUGAAAAAGUAAGACUGAAGAUGUUUUGGUGUAUAAAUUAUGCACCAGCAUAGUUAACGUUUAAAAAAGCACCAUAUCCAAUACAGCUCACCCACCCCUCCCCUCGAUUUUAGAGCAGUUUGACUUUUAAUUGGGAUCAGCCAGACGCAGCUCCCUGGAUGCACUAGAAUCUGUCUGAGCUCCUCCUAGGUAUAGGGGCUUCCAGCUCUGUUGAUAGUGGAUGCAGGGAGUUACUUUUGGCAGAAUCCAGGUAAGAAUUCAAAUCUUUCUGGUAUGGGGGUGACGGGGCAUUUUGCUGUAGCGAUUAUGGUGUUUGCCAUACCAGCAUGUAAAUGGAAAAACUAUAUAAAAAAAAUUAAAUAGCUAAGCUAGCUUUUAGGUUGUGCUAAAACUGAAGUCAAUAUAGGUGGUGGUAACAAAGGAUGGUCCAGGCACUCAAGGUGAAAUAAAGUUAAGCAGGUUUAUUGGAGCAGAAAUAAAAGAUUCUUUUCGACCCCGUCGUUUGUUUGUUUUUUCUCCAAUAAACCUGCUUAACUUGGUUUCACCUUGAGUGCCUGGACCAUCAUUUGUUACCACCACCUAUAUUGCCUUCAGUUUUAGCACCUAAAAUUCUUUAUCGUUUUUCCAUUUACAUGCUUGUAUGGUAAAUGUAAGGUAAUGCCCGAUCGCACAUUGGAGUCCAGGAUAGUUUGGUAUCCUACACUUUAAAAAAUAAAAUAAAUAUAGAUCAGGGGUUCCCAACCCAGUCCUCAACUACCUCCUACCAGUCCAGGAUUUAGGGAUUACCCUGUUAUGUCUAAAGUUUUAUUUUCGUAUUUUUUUUUUUUUAUUUAUAAAAACACUUUAGACACAACUGGGUAAUCGCUAAAUCCUUGACUGAUGGGGGUUACUUGAGAACUGGGUUGGGAACCACAGCUAUAGGUGAUGGUGGUUCAACUACCUUAAAUUGAAUUGGACUAUACUGGAACAUACAAAGAGUAAAACAUGUUUCAGGUAGCGUCUUAAUCAUAUAUCCCACUUUAAUUUAAGGCAGUUAAGGUGCUUUCACAUUUGUUUAUAUUGGCUUACUAUGGGUGAGAGCUAAGCAGAAGCCAGAGAGACCUGCAGUCAUUUAUUUAAAAAUCAAAGAAGUGACAGUUCCCCUUUAGGAACUCUCUUGGUACUUAAGCCCAACAUAUCUAUGGGUAUACAUUUUGGGGUUUCUACAUUCAGGUAGAACCAACAGCGCAGGUCAUUUUCUAAUAAAAGGAAAGUAUGAAGGUAGUAUACCCGUAUUGAGGUGCUAGAAAAACAUAAGUGCUAUGAGUAAUAAUACAGAUGAGAGGCUGAACAUACAAAUCAAAAACAAAAAAUAAUUUAUUGAGAAAGAUAUUAAAAAUUGCCAAAGAAUUGGCAAUCACCCAAAG